UAAUGCUGGGCAGAUCCUGCGAAGGAAAGCGAGCUGGCUGCCGAGCCUCAUCUCAGGGAGUGAUGUUCCAGAUAUUUACCUUUUCCGCUUUCCUGGAUCAAUAUUAGCCACACCGCCGCCAUGCCGUAGACACAGCGCCGGGGGUCUCGAUGAAGCCUAACGGGGACUGCAGCAGGGAGGACGCGGGGCGGCUGUAACCGAGGGAAGAGGAUGUACUGGGCUGCUGGUUUCGCCUCUUCCCGGCCGUGUGUUGUUGAACUGGGGCGGAAUCACAGCCUGCCCAUCGGGCUGUGCGGCUCCGAGCAGCAGCAGUCGUUGUAUGGCUAUAUCAUCGCCUUUCCUCUGCAGGAUUACGGAGGCAUCAUGUCGGUUUUGGGCUCGGACUCCUGGUGGAAGAAGACCCUGUACAUCACCGGGGGGGCCCUGCUGGCUGCUGCAGCCUACCUACUGCAUGAGCUGCUCGCCAUCAGGAAGGAGCAGGAGUUGGACUCCAAAGACGCCAUCAUCCUCCAUCAGUUUUCCAGGCCAAAGAAUGGUGUGCCCAGCCUCUCGCCCUUCUGCCUCAAAAUAGAGACGUAUCUGCGGAUGGCGGAUCUGCCCUACCAGAACUACUUUGAUGGCAGGCUAUCUCCGCAAGGUAAGAUGCCCUGGAUCGAGUACAACCACGAACAGGUGUCGGGGUCAGAGUUUAUAGUGGACUUCCUGGAGGAGAAGCUGGGUGUGAACCUCAACAAGAACCUCACCCCACAGGAGAUAGCGGUGUCCCGCGCUGUCACCAAAAUGGUUGAGGAACACCUCUACUGGACAAUAGCCUACUGCCAGUGGGUGGAUAACCUGGAGGAAACACAGAAGCUGCUGGCGAUGAGUGGGCCUCUGAGUGACACGCUGAAAUGGAUGCUUAGCCACCUGAAUGGUGGCAUGGUGCGGCGGGAGAUGUACGGCCACGGCAUCGGACGCUUCUCCAAGGAGGAGGUCUACACACUGAUGGAGAAGGACAUGAGGACACUGGCCACUCUGCUGGGAGAUAAGAAAUACUUCAUGGGGUCUAAGAUGUCAACAUUAGAUGCUACAGUGUUUGGGCAUCUAGCUCAAGCCAUGUGGACUUUACCUGGAACACGACCAGAGCAACUUAUCAAAGGAGAGCUGAUCAACUUGGCCAUGUUCUGUGAGCGGAUGCGGAGGAGGUUCUGGCCCGAGUGGUUUGUUGAGGUGGAGGAUUUUUACUACGACGGAGACAGCGAGAGCAGCAGCGGGGGCACCCCCACGGGCCUGCUGGACUUCGGCCUCUUCUCCAGGACUGACACGCUGGACGACAGCGAUGGCAGCAGCCACUCAGCCGGACGCACGCACACACAUUCCCCUGACUCUGACCGCUCGCUAUUUGAUUCGGACGUGGGCACAGGGUCUGACAAUGAUGCUCAGUUUAAAGAGGAGUCAAUGCCAGACCUGGAAGUUUGACCUAGGCAGACUGAGACUGACCGAAGGCUGGAACAGUCGGUGCUACAGGCUGCUGUGUGGUUUUGCUUAAAUAAAUCUGGCUGGAACGAUGUGUCCAAGCAGCAGCUCGCACACAGCUGAAAGAACUAUUCCAGCUCCUCCACCUGUAAUGCCCAGCAUGUUACAACUUCCCAAUGGGCAGACUGGGCGUUUGUAUGCGGACGAUGCAAAAUAAACCUUACAAAACAUGCAA